AUGGAGCUCCUUUGGACGUUGGUGAGUUGGGCAUUGAGUGCUCAUGCUGUGGGUGUCAGUACAUGUUGUUCUCAACUACAUCGGGAGCUGGGCAUAAAAUCCUUGCAAGAAUCGGGACUGAAUCCAGCCUGCGUCAUGCGGCCCUCGGUGCCCCAAGAUGUAGCCCGGGCCGUCUCAGUCAUUGCCGGAAUUGACAGUUGCAACUUUGCAAUCAAAGGUCAAGGCCAUGCUCCCGCCGCCGGCUUCGCAAACAUAGAGGGUAGUGUCACGAUCGACAUGACGGGUUUGAACACAACAACGCUGAGUCCUGACCGGUCGGUUGUUAGAGUUGGGGCUGGAGCUACUUGGCUUCAGGUCUAUCGAUAUCUUGACCCUUUCAACAUUGCAGUUGCUGGGGGCCGCAAUGGAUUAGUCGGGGUGGGAGGAUUAACGCUGGGAGGAGGCAUUUCACAUUUCUCUCCCCGUGUCGGGUGGGCUUGUGAUAACGUCGUCAAUUUUGAGGCGUUCACCGACAUUCUAUCGUCUUCGGACUUUGAUAUCUACACCUCCCUUGUUACAGUGUUUCGCUAUAACUCUACUUCGAAAUCGUGGGCCAUCAGCAACUCAGCCGUGUACACUCGUCCUGUACUUCAUCCACCGGUGUUUGCUGGACUUGCCACCGUGCCCAGCAUUUCAAACAGCUCUCGGAUAACAUCGCUAGCUUUCUUUGCGGACGAAGCUCCCACGCCGCCUUUAAACUGGCUUUUUGCCACAGUGACUCUGAAACCCUCCACUAAGUUCAUGCUCGAGGUGUUUGAUAUUCUCAACAGCACCCUGUAUUCCGUCAACCCCCCAGGCGGCGUGGUGUGGAAUAUUGCCUUUGAGCCACUUCCAUCCGUGAUGUUUUCUCAGGCAGCCAAAACCGGAGGCAACGUUCUCGGCGUCCGACCGGAAGACGGAAACAGCUACAUCAUGCUGCUCUCGGCGCUCUGGCAAGAUUCUGCGGCAAACCUGGUAGUAGAGCAAGCCUCCCGUCGGGCUAUCUCUAGCAUUGAAUCGCGCGCCAGAGCGAAGGGACUGCUAAGAAAAUUUCAGUAUCUCAACUAUGCGGCACCGUAUCAGGCACCCCUCAAAUCCUAUGGCGCCGUCGAGUUUGGGUUCCUAAAGGGGGUGAGCAGCAAAUACGACCCGCUCGGUCUGUUUAAAGACCGUGUUCCUGGAGGGUUUAAGCUCUAA